GAAUUUCUCGGCGGCCAAACGGGAAAGCAACCGGUUUCAGAUGCUAUUAAGACAUCGGGAACGAAAAGGCUUACACCUGACUGCCCUCAGAGUCCCCCUUGCCAUCAGUUCUUCAGCAGUAAUGGUGCGAAUGACCAUCUUGUGUAUGCACGUAGAAGAUUUGAGUCAGAACUAGGAAAGAGAAGAAUUCUGGACCUGCCCAGCAAAAAUGCUGAUAAUCUUCAUUCAACACAGUUUUGCCAGAAUAUGCAGCAAAUACCCCAACAGCAAACUCAGAUGAAGGAUCGUAAUGCAUAUUGUGCUCCAGCUUUUGCACCAAUUCCUUUGGCCUCUCUAGUGACCUUUGCAUUUGGUGAGCCAUCAGUUCCCCUUUCUAUGGGGAAGCCUAGUAAUGAGUUGCUAGAUGUCGAAUCCAAUUACCUAAAGGUUACUUCUGAGGUUCCUCAUUCAGUUCAUUCAAAGGAAACUGAUGAUCAGCAGAGGAAAGAACGGUUUCUCCGCCUGCAAAAAGUCUUGAAACAGUGUGAUGAAUUUGACCAAAAUGACUACAUCCAAAUGCUGCGAAGCUUUUCCCCAAGUGAGCUUAGCAGACAUGCCAUUGAGUUAGAGAAAAGAGCAAUCCAGCUUACGGUUGAAGAAGGCAAAGAAAUCCAACGAAUGAAGGAGCUGAAUAUCUUGGGGAAAUCUGUACCAAAAAAUAAUCCAUCACCAAUAACUCAACAAGUCCCGGCCAAGAAGUAAACAAGCAGUAACGAAUCUCGGAUAGAUAUAGUCUGUUUAUUGUGUUGAUCAGCCCAAUGGGCUCGCUUCAUCCGCUUCAGAAAAGAGUUUUAACCUUUAUAUUGUACUCUUUUGACUCCUUUUUUUCUGCAUAAUGAGCCAUUUUUGUAGUUUGGCUAGUGUUUCUGUGAUUGAGCCGUUGAGAAUGUAGUUUCUGAAAACACAAUAAUGGGACGUUUCUUCAAUAAAUCCGACGUUAUUUUAUGAACCCAGUUUGGGUUU